ACGCGACGUUUAGUGUAAGAAAGAACAGUAUAAAAUAGAGAUGAACAUCGUAUUCUCAGUUUCACUUACAAAAAUGAAGUCCGCAGUUCUGUUGAUAGUAAUCGGUGCUACACUGUGUCUCAGCCAGGAAAUUCGUAGAGAUAAACAGUAUCCGCCUGCAGAAUUCUUGAAAGCGUUGCAACCGAUACAUGAUGUUUGUGUAGCUAAACAUGGCGUUACCGAUGCGGCCAUUCAGCAGUUUAGUGAUGGCGAAAUCCACGAGGAUGAGGCAAUGAAAUGCUACAUGAAUUGUUUGUUCCACGAAGCGAGAGUGGUUGAUGAAAACGGGGAAGUUCAUUUAGAAAUGGUCCAUGAAUUGUUACCAGAAUCGAUGAAAGAUAUUGCCCUGAAUAUGGGUAAAAAGUGUCUAUAUCCGAAAGGCGAAACACAGUGCGAUCGGGCCUUUUGGCUGCACAGUUGUUGGAAAAAGGCCGAUCCCAAGCAUUACUUCUUGCCGGGACAACAUGUUUGGUAUCUCCUUGAAUAAGUUGGGAAUUAAUCAAAUUUGAGUAAACAUCUAGGCGUGUUAAAUGUUAAAAUUGAACUAUAUUCGUAAUUUCAAUAUUGAGAACUUUUCAGCACAUCAAAAUUAAUUGAUUGGAUGAAAUAAAAAUGAAAUUUCUUGAAA